AUGGUCAACUUGACCUUACAGAAUGGAUUCCUCCUCAUGGGGUUUUCCAAUGACCGUAAAUUUCAGAUUUUUUAUGCACUGCUCUUUUUGGUGGCAUACCUGCUGGCUGUAACAGGCAAUCUCCUCAUUAUCACCAUCAUUACCUUGGACCAUCAUCUGCAUUCUCCCAUGUAUUACUUCCUGAAGCAUCUCUCUCUUCUGGACCUCUGCUUCAUCUCUGUCACAGUCCCCCAGUCCAUUGCAAACUCGCUUUUGGGCAAUGAUUAUAUUUCCCUCAGUCAGUGUAUUCUUCAGGUUUUCUUCUUCAUCGCUCUGGCUUCAUCCGAAGUGGCCAUCCUGACAGUGAUGUCUUAUGACAGGUAUGCAGCCAUCUGUCGACCACUGCAAUAUGAGACCAUUAUGAAUCCCAGAGCUUGCAGCCAUUCUGUGAUAGCUGUGUGGAGUGCAGGGGGCCUCUCUGGGCUCAUGCACACAGCCAUUAACUUCUCAAUUCCGCUUUGUGGGGAGAGAGUUAUUCACCAAUUCUUCUGUGAUAUUCCUCAAAUGCUAAAACUAGCCUGUUCUUAUGAGUUCAGUAGAGAGAUUGCAGUGGCUGCAUUUACAACCUCCUCAGCAUUCAUCUGUUUGAUCUCCAUCAUGCUCUCCUACAUUCGCAUAUUUUCAACAGUGCUGAGAAUACCAUCAGCUGAGGGCCGAACCAAGGUCUUCUCCACUUGCCUGCCACACUUAUUCGUAGUCACCUUCUUCCUCUCAGCUGCAGGCUUUGAGUUUCUAAGACCCCCUUCUGGUUCCCCUUCAGCCAUGGACCUUAUGUUCUCCAUAUUCUACACGGUGAUCCCUCCAACACUCAACCCAGUCAUCUAUAGCUUGCGAAAUGAAGCCAUGAAGGCAGCUCUGAGGAAGGUCCUGUCUAAAGAAGAAUUUGCUCACAGAAAGAUGCAUUUAAAAGCCAUGUUUAAACUCUAA